CGAAGAAGAUGAUGAACAACUGCUGCGCAUGGCAAUGGCGUGUUAGUGGCAAAAGAUUUUUUUUUUCUUUCUUUUUCUCCCCAGCUUUUUUGAAAUCUUCCCUGCCAAAACUUUACCCAAAGUUGCAUACCCAACAGUUUCUCCCUCAAGCAGAGUACAAUACCAACCCCCCAUACAUGAAGAGAGGCAUGGUACUACUAAAGCUGCUGCUGCAUCUAUAGCCUACCCAGAGACUCGGACUUUCAGAUAUGGAGGAAAACUAGUACAGACACAAAUCUCAGAGAGCUUGUCCUUAAAGGGUAUCUUCUUUUGGUGUUGAAUAACAAAGUCAGAAUGUUUUUUCC